UUCUAAAAAUUUUAUUUUUCUAAAAAUGGUAAUGUGUUGGUUAAUGGCAGAUGGAAUUGUUGACAAACACGAAAAAUGUCAUAGAAAUCCGCCUGUUUUUGUUGGGCCUAGAGCUUUGCACAAACUUGGAAUACAAUAUUUUUAUAUCCCUGUAGAAAAUUCAGAAAAGGGAUUGUCUAGUGUUGCAAUGAGUAGAGGAUAUGAUUAUAAAGAUGAAGUUGUUAUUACAAGAGAAACAAUGGCUGAUUAUGAUGAAUGGUUGAAACGUUUUUUUGAAGAACAUUUUCAUCCGGAAGAUGCAAUUCGCUAUGUAGUUGAAGGUAAUGGCUUCUUUGAUGUCCGAACACCCGAGGAUAGAUGGAUUCGAAUACUUGGGGAACCUGGGGAUUUAUUAAUAAUCCCUGCAGGAAUAUUCCAUCGUUUUACAGUCACAAAGAAGGCAAAUUUUUGA